CGAGCGAGCGCGAGCGCAGCCGUGCUCCCGGAAGCGCCCUCGGCCUCGGCGCCUCCGCCGCCCCGGCGGUCUCCUCUGCUUCCAGGGCUUGCGAAGGCUGCGGGGCCGGGGGUCGUUCCAGCUCUGGGCCGCUCGGGAAGGGUCUGUCCCUUGAACCUCGCCCGAUCUAGACAGGGCACGGAAGUUUGAGCGGCCCGAAGUGCCAUUCCCUCCCCAUCCCCCCCAACCCCGCAGCCCCAGAGGAGAGGGGACAGCAAGAAUGGACGCGCCCUUAGCUCCCAGAGAAUCCGCUAAAUUCAUUGCCGAAAACAGCCGCGACGUGUUCAUUGACGACGGAGGCGUGCGGAGGGUGGCGGAGCUGCUGCUGGCCAGGACCUCGGGGCCCGGGCUGCGGCUGGAGGGCUGGAAGGCCCUCCACGAGCUGAACCCCCAGGCGGCCGACGAGGCUGCAGUCAACUGGGUGUUCGUGGUAGACACGCUCAACUUCUCCUUUUGGUCGGAGCGAGAGGAGCGCAAGUGUCUGGUGACGUACCGGGGCAGGACGUACAGUGGGUACUGGUCCCUGUGCGCCGCAGUCAACAGAGCGCUCGACCAAGGGACCCCAAUAACCAGUGCGUCGUACUAUGCCACAGUGACCCUGGAUGAGGUUCGGCAGAUAUUCCGUUCUGACACAGAGUUCCCCAUGCCGCUGAUAGAAGAGAGGCAUCGAGUUCUCAACGAAACGGGGAAAAUCCUGCUGGAGAAGUUUGGAGGCUCUUUUUUGAACUGUGUCCGAAAGAGUAAGAACAGUGCACAGGAGUUAAUGAGCCUGGUUGUUGAACAUUUUCCUUCUUACCGAGAUGUGACUGAGUUUGAGGUGAGUUUUAUUGGGGAUUUCAGAAAUCAUAAUCCUCCCAGAGUUACUUUCAAAACUCACCUUAAGAAUAAAAAUGUAAAUUUUGAAUUUCUUUUUCUGUGGAUAAGAAAUAGUAUCAAAGUAAUAUUACCAAGCCAUUACUUCCUUUGACUGAUUU